AUGCAAAUUCUUCAAGAGGGAAACAUGAGGCGAACGCAGGAGUCCACCAAAGCGAAUAGGACAUCCUCUCGUAGCCACGCGCUUCUCCAGGAGGACAAGAACCCGCGAAAACCUUUUGCUUUACUAGAACAGUAUGGCGGAAAAAUGAAAAGAUGUUCUCCUGUUCUUAACACUGCCAGUGGAGUGGCUGUCGGUGAAGCAACCCUUCCAAUUUGGAGGGAUCACUUCAAGACCUUGCUGAACCGGCAGGCACCGUCAGCUCCUGAACUCGAGCACGUUCAUAGACCGACAUAUGCGGUUAACGAGGAGCCACCGACGUGUCGGAGGAUUCGCGAGAUGACAAAGAUCAUCCGUUUAAUAUGGAUAGACGAAAGGAUACCUGAUUCGUGGAUACACGCUGUCAUAAUUCCCCUCCACAAGAAGUUAUCCGUCAUGGACUCUAGGAUCUCCUUGCUGCGUGUUAUGUACAAGUCACUAGACUCGCACCUCGACUUGGCUGGCGAUCAGUUUGAAGCGCAGGCAUUUGGUAAAGGAGUUGGAUGCCGAAUGGGCCUUAGCGCAUCUUUAUUUAAUACCCUUCUCGUAGAUGCCGCUGUUCUUCAGUGUACAUCCCAGGUUGUUGUUGUCGUUCCCCAUAGCUGUUGCGCAGCAUCGUACUCUCUUCACAUCGGUAUCGCUGGAGUAGAUGGUGUGGCUUUUGGUACUGAUGGUGCAGCGAUCACUGACGCAUGCUUCCUGCAAUGCAACAAAAAGUGCAUGGAGAUAUUGCAAUUCCAUGUUUCUCUCGAGAAUUGUACAUGUCAGACUAUCGCUUUCCGCAGGACGACGGAACCUUUUCGGAGUAAUUGA